CCUGGCGCGCUCCUGCCACUGUCACCUCGGGCCCGGCCCCGCCCGAACCGCGCUACCAUUGGCGGUGGUGGCGAAGCCACUACCCCCACCCCAGCGGGGGAGGCUUGGGCGAUGAAUGAAGCGUGAGUGGGCUGCGCGCGAAGGCCAGAGCGCAAGGCGCAGCGCGGCAGCCGGGUUCGCAGGAAGAAUAGACCCAGUGACAAGACAAUCUCUCAUCUCAUCAAGCCACCUCUACCGCAUCUCACCUGCUGUGCUGCGAAAGCCCUCUGCACGAGGCUGGAGAUGCCCCAGCACGCCAUGGGGGACAAGCAUUUCCUUUCCCUCCCAAAGCACCUCUUCACCAGUGCGCCCUCAGCCACAGACAGCGGGUGUGACACUCCACCCAGCAGCAGAGCAUCCCCAGCCUCCCUGCGCUCUGCCCACAGCCCUCUGGACUCCUCCAGCCAACACCUGUUUGAGCCCCAGGUUGAAAAGCGGAGUAGCCAGACAGCCCGUGAGGUGCAGUACAAGUCUGCAGGGCCAAAGAGCAUGCUGUGUGGCUGGCAAGCCUUCACUCCCAAGUGUUUACAGGUCUUCAACACCCCCAAGGGCUUCCUCUUCUUCCUGUGUGCAGCCUCCUUCCUUCAGGGCAUGAUAGUGAAUGGCUUUAUCAACACCGUCAUCACCUCCAUCGAGCAGCGCUUCGACCUGCACAGCUACCAGAGUGGGCUCAUCGCCAGCUCCUAUGACAUCGCUGCCUGUCUCUGCCUUACCUUUGUCAGCUACUUUGGGGGCAAUGGGCACAAGCCGCGCUGGCUGGGCUGGGGUGUGCUGGUCCUGGGGGUUGGCUCCCUGGUGUUUGCACUGCCCCACUUCACUGCUGGCCACUAUGAGGUGGUGAUGGAUGAGGAGGCGGGGACAGGGGCAUGUCUGGCCAACAGGAGUCAUGUGGAGUGUAUGGACUCAGGCCUGUCCAGCUACAGGCUGAUUUUCAUGCUGGGCCAGCUGCUGCAUGGUGUGGGUGCCACACCUCUCUACACACUGGGUGUCACCUACCUGGAUGAGAAUGUCAAGUCAAACUAUUCACCCAUCUAUAUUGCCAUCUUUUACACGGCAGCCAUCCUUGGACCUGCAGCAGGCUACCUGAUUGGAGGAGCCAUGCUAAAUGUUUACACAGAAGUGAGCCAACGGACAGAGCUGACCACUGACAGCCCACUGUGGGUUGGUGCCUGGUGGAUUGGCUUCCUGGGAGCUGGGAUCACCGCAUUCCUCAUCGCCAUCCCCAUCCUUGGCUAUCCCCGGCAGCUACCAGGUUCCCAGCGGUACAGCGUUACCAGAGCGACUGAAACAGAGCAGCUGAAGGGCCACAGCCACAGAGCAGUGAGCAAUCCGACUUUCGGCAAGACUGUCAGAGACCUGCCCCUCUCGAUCUGGCUCCUUCUAAGAAACCCCACAUUCAUCCUGCUCUGCCUGGCAGGGGCCACUGAAGCCACACUCAUCGCCGGCAUGUCCACAUUCGGUCCCAAGUUCUUCGAGGCCCAGUUCAGCUUGAGUGCCUCCGAGGCUGCCACGUUGUUUGGAUACCUGGUGGUGCCAGCAGGCGGUGGUGGCACGCUCCUGGGUGGCUUCCUGGUGAACAGAUUCAAGCUCCGUGGCUCUGGGAUCAUCAGGUUCUGUCUGUUCUGCACCUUGACCAGCCUCCUGGCCUUCUUUGUCUUCCUCACUCACUGUCCCAACAUGCCCAUGGCAGGUGUGACAACUGGCUACGCUGGGAGCCCCCUGCCUGAAGGCCACUUGGACCUGAAGGCGGCUUGCAACGCCAUCUACUGUUGCCAGGCAGAGCACUACAGCCCCCUGUGCGGUUCAGACGGCAUCAUGUACUACUCGCCCUGCUAUGCAGGCUGCCCUGUGGGUGCUGAGACAGGCCCGGGUGGCCAGAAGGUGAGUGUGGUCGCUGCCCACUGCCCUGCUCUGGCCGGGACCGGGAAGCCUCCGCCUUCCGUGUAUGAUCAGCGUUGUUGUUGGGCUCCCCAGAUAUACCGAGGCUGUAGCUGUGUCCUUGAGAAGGUUUCCUCUGGCUUGGGCAAUGCUACCGCAGGGAAGUGCGCUUCCACCUGUCAGAGAAAGCCCCUCCUUCUGGCUCUCGUGUUCGUUGUAAUUAUCUUUACAUUCCUCAGCAGCAUUCCAGCUCUGACCGCCACUCUACGGUGUGUCUGUGAUCAGCAAAGGUCCUUUGCCCUGGGGAUCCAGUGGAUUGUCGUGAGAACACUAGGCAGUAUUCCAGGGCCCAUUGCCUUUGGCUGGGUGAUUGACAAGGCCUGCCUGCUGUGGCAGGACCAGUGUGGCCACCAGGGUUCCUGCUUUGUGUACCAGAAUGAAGCCAUGAGCCGCUACAUGCUCAUUGCAGGGCUCACUUUCAAGGUGUUGGGCUUCCUCUUCUUUGUCACUGCCUACUUCCUGUACAAGUCCCCAUCAUCGUCCUCGGAUGGCCUGGAGGCCUCCCUGCCCAGCCAGUCCUCAGCCUCUGACAACCCCACAGAACAGCUCCAGAGCAACGUCUGACACCAUGGGCCCCUCCACAUUUCCUGAGGUCUCUUCCUGGAUACUCCAACCCCAUCCUCACAGGGUGGCAACCCUGAGAACCUUGCAAAAUCUCGCACUGCAUUCCGGGGCCUCGCACUGCCCCAUACUGUGACUGAGCAGCCUCUGAGAUGCUAAGGCGGAAAGAGUAUGUCACAUAUGAACCAGGCACAUCCCCCAAGCCCUAGAGUCUCCAAGGCAUCACUACAUUUCAUGGACUGUCACCUGGUCCUGACUUCCUGUGUCUACUGAGAAGCCCCUGCAGGGCAGCAGUGCCCUGGGUGGCAUGAUCCUGUGGAGCCAGCUACUUGACGUUUUGCUUGAAUCAGCUCAUACUGCCUGUCCUCGAAGCCUGGUGGCCUCUGUGCUGGGCAGGAGCAACUUGAAUCGUUAUGUGUGGACUUAUAUUUUGCACUGAACAGUGUUUGUGGAAUCAGUUUUGUACCUGAUCAUGUGACUCAUGGUGUGACUCAUGUCCAAGCAAACUGCAGUGAGGGUGUGAUCCCAUCUGAGGUGCCACGCAGAUUUCGUGGAUAAUGUGUUUCUAUGUUUUUGGUUAAGAGUGUGUCCAUAAUAUAUUUUAAUAUUUAAAGCAAU